AAAAUCCGCACCCCACCUACCACCUCCGUUAACCACACCUGCGCCCACCUUACCCAUCCUCAACCCUCUCUCCUUAGGGGCUACUCUACUACAGCACCCCACCACCCCCCCUCCGCCUCCCAACUCCAACCCCCAACCCACCAACCCCCCCCUCACACUACAACCAAACCUUACCCAGCCACCUCCCCCUACACUCACAAUACCCCCCAACACCACACUCCCACCCCCCGCCCACUACUCCCCCGACUCCAACACAAUCCCCAUACCACAACCCCAUCUUAACUACCCAACCCAUUCAGUCCCGUACCUACGACACCCGAGCGAAUCGUCCCACUCCACCCCCCUCCGCCUAUACCCCCACACCCCUACAAACACCCCACCUACCCACCACACCCCGCACCUUCCUCCACACCCACCCCUACCCUCACACAUCCACCUGAUUAAGCACAUCCAACCCCCAACCAACCUUCCACGACUAUCUCCACCUCCCCCUCACCCCACUUCCACCACUCACCAAACCCCACCACACCUCCCCUCACACCCACCCCCCCACCCCACCUUCAUCCAACUCCCCCUACACCCAUCACCAACCCACUCCCAACACACCCCACACCCUCACCCCCACCGAGCACAAAACCCCCCUCUCCCUACAUUACCUCCCCCCUCACCACCACCCCCACCCCACACCACCGAACCAUCCUCACACUUCCACCCCUCAAACCACACGCACCCCCCCCCACCCCGACCCCCUACCCAACACACCCACCUACACGAAUCCAACCCCCCACCCGCCCCAACCACUCUUCCUACAACCCCCCACUCCACUCCCCCCACCUCCCGCCACUCCCUCCCACCCACCCCCCCUACCACACCAUCACGCCCCCCACCCCACUCCCCCCACCCCCCCACUAAUUCCCUCCCCACCAACCCACAACUACGAAAUCCACCAACUCCCGCCCCCUAUCCACCCCAAAACACCCCAAAUCCAACACACACCCUCAAAGGCCCACCACUCCCCACCCCCCCCCACCACUCCCACUACACCCAACCACUCACGCUACCCGCGACCCACCUAAACCCCCACCAACCUACCGCCACACACCCUCACCACCCCCCCCCCCCCCUCCCUCCCCCCCACCCACACUCCCACCCCCACCAGCUCCACCCGAACCCCUUUCCCCACAGCCACUCACCCACCACACCACCCUAUACCCCCAAAACCCCCCCAUCUACCAACCACAGCACCUACCCAAUCGCACCCUCAACCCAAAACCCCCUCCCCCCCAACCCAAAACCCCACCCCCACCUAAACCCCACCCACCCACCCCUCCACCCCCCUACACCCAAACCCAACUACCCUACCCCACUCCCACCACUCCCACAAACACACCUACACCCACCACACCCUCCGCCCAUCCUGACCACAACACCUCCUAACCCACACCACCGAACCCUACAACCCCCACACACCACACACCUCACCCACAAACCACACACCACCACACCCCCCCCCACCAACCUACCCUACACCGUCCUCCCACCCCCCCUCUCUACUCACCCACGUAAUCUACCCUCACCACCUCCCCCCCCCACCCCCCACCCUCACACACCCACUCACACUACCCCACCCUCACCCACCACCACACACACCUACGCCCCACAACUACACACCACCCGCCCCCCCCCACCACCAGACCCAUUCCCCACACCACCCCCCCCCGACUAUCUCACUCCAUACUAA